UAUAAAUGCAAACUAAGUAGGAAUUAUUUGAGUGCAAUUAGGAUGUAUGCAUGGAUUGAGCGGACAACUGAUGUCGGAGACACAGUAUCUCAUGUUACUCAACAAAAACCACACGUGUCAGCAGAUCAAGUCGAAAGAUAGAUGAAAACCUCUGUCGGCCCUAGUGUGACUCGCACUUUCCUUUAGCGCCAACUCGGGGCAGUGACUGGCUCAGACUCAGUGACCCCGAUUCUCAUCCCUUUCUUCUCCGACUCCUCCCUGGGCCCAGAAAAUCACUGUAAGAUCGUCUGAAAUUUACCUCUCAAUUUCAAAAUUUAACUCCAAUUCUCAGAUAUAAUCUCACUUAGGGUUUCCAUUUCGAUCCUUCACAAAAAGCUUCUUGUCUUUUAAUAUGCGUGGAAGACAGUUACCUUCAAUUUGUUUACUUGUUUUGGCUGUGAAUUGUAUGAGCAGACUGAUGAAUGUGCUUUGCUGAACUGUGUUGUUGUGUUUGGACACGGGUUGGAGAUAACUUUUUAUUGGAUUAGAGGCAUGUUUUAAGCUUGUUCAAGUGCUCAAAAUUUGCCGAGUUUUUAACUUGCCAAUCAUUUCUCAAAGAGACCAACAGGGUGAAUUCUUCAGCAUGAUCAACUGUGAUAGAGUUUGGAGUUAAGAUGGAAGAAGUUUGUCUCAACAGUGAGCCAGUCUUUGAUGAGGGUGAUGACUAUGAUGCUAAUGGAGACUUUGGAGUGGGACAUGAUGAUGAAGUUGGUGAAACUCAUGCAAAAAAGGAACCUCCCCAACCUACUGUAGGUUUGGAAUUUGAUGCUUUUGAAGAAGCUUACAAUUUUUAUAAUCUCUAUGCAAAGGAGCAGGGUUUUGGCAUCAGAGUCAGCAAUUCAUGGUUUAGGUCAAAGAGAAAAGAGCGGUAUAGAGCAAAACUUAGCUGCAGCAGUGCAGGCUUCAAGAAAAAGAGCGAGGCCAAUAAUCCACGACCGGAGACAAGAACUGGUUGUCCUGCAAUGAUUAUCAUUAGACUCAUGGACUCUAAGAGGUGGAGAAUUGUUGAAGUUGAGCUUCAACACAACCAUCCUGUGAGUCCACAAAUAAAACGGUUUUACAAGUCCCACAAAAGAAUGAUUCUUGCAGCAAGAAGGGCUCAGCCACCACCAGAGCCUGUUACUGAAGUACAUACUAUUAAGUUGUAUCAAACAGCCAUUGUGGAUGCUGAGUAUAAUGGGUCUGUAAGAAUUGAUGAAAGAGAGGGCUUGAAACCCAUUGAUCACUCUAAACACUUGGAACUUAAAGAAGGAGAUGCUCUUGCAGUUUAUAAUUACUUCUGUCGAAUGAAGUUAACAAAUCCAAACUUCUUUUAUUUGAUGGACCUUGAUGAUGAUGGCUGCUUGAGGAAUGUGUUCUGGGCUGAUGCCAGGUCCAGGGUCUCAAGUGUCCUUUUCUGUGACACGGUUGCAAUUGACACAACAUGCAUCACUAACAAAUUCGAGAUCCCUUUGAUUUCAUUUGUUGGUGUGAAUCACCAUGGACAACAUGUAUUGUUGGGAUGUGGCUUCCUCGGGCAUGAGUCGGUAGAAUAUUUUGUUUGGAUCUUCAGGGCUUGGCUUAACUGCAUGCAAGAUCGGACUCCACAAGUUAUUAUUACUGACCAAAGUAAACCCCUGAAAAGCGCUGUCUCUGAGGUUUUCCCAAAAGCUUGUCAUUGUUAUUGUAUGUCGUAUAUCAUGCAGAGAGUUCCAGAGAAGUUGGGAGGAUUGAAGGGUUAUGAAGCAAUUAAAAGUCAACUGAGUAAAGCUGUCUAUAAUUCUUUGAAGAUAGCUGAGUUUGAAACUGCCUGGGCUGAUCUGAUCAAGCACUAUGCGCUUGGGGAUAAUAAAUGGCUCCAAACACUUUAUGAAGAUCGCCAAAGGAAGCACAUGAGAGAAGCCAUGGCAGAUCUGGAGUCAAGAAUUACACAUUUUGAUUUGAAAACGAAAUGUAAUUUUGAGUUGCAGCUCUCUAAAGUGUAUACAAAAGAAAUUUUCAACAGGUUUCAGUCUGAAGUCGAAGGAAUGUACUCUUGCUUUAACACAAGACAAGUCAAUGCUAAUGGACCAAUAACAACCUACAUUGUAAAAGAAAGAGUCGAAAAAGAGGGAAAUGAGAAGGAGGUUCGGAAUUACGAGGUUUUGUACGAGACAAGUCAGAUUGAUAUCCGAUGUAUAUGCAGUUUGUUCAACUACAAAGGGUAUCUGUGUAGGCAUGCCUUGAGUGUUCUAAACUACAAUGGUGUCGAAGAAAUUCCAUCUCGCUAUAUUCUGUCACGGUGGAGCAAGGAUUUCAAACGUGGGUGGUGUGUUCUCAAGGAUGGCCUCGGUAAUGUUGUUGAUGUGUGCAAGUAUAACCCAGUUUACUGGUACAAUCAUCUGUAUAAAUGUGCCAUUCCUGUUGUGGAAGCAGGGGCACAAUCUCGAGAACAUUAUAAGGUAGCCUUACGAGAAUUGGAGGAGUUGUUAAAUAGAUUUAAUAUUGUAGAGGACAAUGUGGUGUAAGAGGAUUGAAAUAUAUCAAAUCCAAUGUUUAACAAGAAACAAAAUAUAAAAGGUCUAUGAUAAUUUUACA